GAAGAUUUUAGUUGUUACUAUUUUUACUCCAUUUGCCAUUAUCAUUAGUGAUAUUGUUGAUUCAAAGUAGUGGAUCGGUUUCUUCUAAUAGUAAUAAUAAUAAUAGUCAUUAUAAUGUCAGAAUGUUUAAUCCCGAUGAAACAGUAUGAUUGGAAGAAUACUAAUUUAACUCUGUUUGGUUCAGAUAUUGAAAAAUCAGUGAAAAAAGAAGCUGCUGAGACUGAGAAAGCAUGGCAACCUAUAAAAUUUGUCAAUGCAUCAACUCUUAUGGUUUGGCGAAUAAAUAACUUUAGUCUAGAAGUUGUAAAGCAAGAGGAUAUUGGAACUUUCUAUACUGGUGAUUCAUAUAUUGUUUUAAAUAUUGAAAAAGUGGGUAAACAAUACAACUACGAUAUCCAUUUUUGGAUAGGAAAGAAAAGUACACAAGAUGAAUAUGGAACUGCUGCUUAUAAGACUGUGGAGUUGGAUACAUUUUUAGACGAUAAAGCAAUUCAACACCGUGAAGUUGAUGGAUUAGAGUCAGAACAAUUUAAAAAAUACUUCAAAAAUUUUAGGACACUUGAAGGUGGAUAUGAAAGUGGUUUCAAUCGUGUUAAAACCAAUGAAUUCAUUCCAAGACUUUUACAUUUUCAUGAUAUUGAUCGUUCACAUAUUGAACUAAGAGAAGUGCCGUAUUCAAAAAGAUCAUUAGAUUCAAAUGAUGUGUUUAUACUGGAUUUUGGAUCAUCUGCUUAUCAGUGGAAUGGUAGCAAGUCAAGUAAAGAUGAACGCUUCAGAGCUGGACAGUAUCUUCAACAACUGGAAAGUGAUCGUAAUGGACGAUGCAAAACAGAAGUAAUUGAGGAAGAUGAGAAAUCCAAUGAAAUGAAACAGUUUCUCGCCAACUUACCAGAUGUUGAAAUCACCGAAAAAUUCAACAUGGCUGUGGGAAAAAAGCGCUUUAUCGACUUUCAGAUGAAACAGGAAAAAUGCAAAUGUCUCUGGUGUGUGAAGGACAUCUACCACGUUCACAAAUCACACAAGAUGACGUCUACUUUAUUGAUACAGGGAAUUCUUUAUUUGUUUAUGUUGGUGAUCAGUGUUCAAAACAAGAGAAAAAAAAUGCCAUGUCAUAUGCACAUAAUUAUCUAAAGGAUACUAAUCAUCCAUUUGCACCAAUCACAGUGAUUAGUGGCAAUCGAAAGUCAAUACAAUUAGACAAUGUUCUCGAAUGAAUUAAAGAUAAAAAGACGGAGAAGAAUAAUAAAAGACAAUGAAGUACAAUAACAGUAGCUAUACAAACACGAUUUAUCUAAUUUCAAAGUUUUUUUUGAAAAUGUUUCUUGCUUGGUUAACUUUUACAUACAUUUUUGAUAUAAUUUGAAAGAAAACAGGUAUAUCAUAUUUUUUUCAGUUUCUGUUUUGCCCUUUUACUUCAUCAUUGAAACACCUUUUCUUGUAUACUUCAUCUUUUCCGUACAAUAAACCAAAAUCAUACGGAGUGAUAUCAUUUAGGAAACCGUUGAAAAUCUGAGAGUAUAAGAAGCCUUACCAAGGCACAUUCAUGAACUCAUCACGAAUUGACCACAGAACCUU